AUGUCAGACAACAACGCUCAAGCAACUUUAUCAUCUGAUGAUCCAACAGAAAAAGAAAUUAAAUCAGAUAUUUCAUCUUGUUCAUUUAGUGAUGUCAAUACAUCUACAUCUAUUCGCUUAUUUGGUCAAUUUAAACAAAAUGGUUUAGGUUUUAAUAAUAUAUCAACAUUUAGUCAGAUAACAUCACGAGAAAAAUCUGAUGAUAAUAAUUCUUCAUCGACAUAUUUUACAAGUACACUUUCAAAAAUUUCAUCAACAACAACGUGUGGUUUUGGUUCACCAUCAACACCAUUAGCUACAUCACUUGCUUCACUUGGUGCCAAUAAACCAUUAUUUGGUGGUUCAAGUGGUACAACACCAAGCUCUUUUACAGAUCUGAAAACAUCAUCAACAAAUUCAUUACAAAAUAAAACAAAUGAUGAUGAAGAGAAAGAUGAAGAAGAAGAAGAAGAAGAUAAUAAAGUAUCUUUAUUAGAAACAGUUGCUGAAUAUGAAGCUAAACGAGCAUCAACACAUCCAACGGCGACUAUUCAAGGUGAUACAUCAACUGGAGAAGAAAAUGAAAUAACGAAAUUUCAAAUGGCUGGUAAAUUAUUUAUGUAUAAUAGUGAACAACAACAAUUUGUUGAACGUGGUUAUGGAAUAUUAAAAAUAAAUGAAAGUCAUGAUCCAUCAGAUUGGGAACGAUUACAAGCUCGAUUAAUUAUGAGACUUGAUAAAUCAUUUCGUGUUAUUCUUAAUUCACCUAUAUUUCCAAAAAUGACUGUUGAACGAGCUACUGAUCGUUCAGUACGAUUUGGUGCUCAAGAUGAAUCACAAUUACGAGUAUUUAUUAUUAAAGCUUCAGCAAAUGAUUGUAAUAAUCUAUGCAAAGAAUUACAAUCACGUAUUCAGAUUAUUGAACGACAACAAAUAUCAACAUCAAAUAUUCAUACACCAACAAGUAGUAAUAAUACAAGUAUAUCAUCGGAUAUAGUUGCUCUUGAUGAUUCAUCUCCUAAACAAAAUUCAUCAACAGGUCAACGAAAACGAUCUCAUUCAAAAAGUGAUUCAGAUACAUCAGAAAAUACAAAUGAUCUUUCAAAAAAAUCAAAGUUAGUUGAAGAAAAUAAAAAUACCAAUCAAUCGACAAGUGAAGAUGAUUCUAUUGAAGAACAUAAUAAAUCAAACGAACAAGACACAGCUAAUAGUUAA